CUCAGUUAAUUUAAAAUCAAUAGUUCGAAGGGAGGGAGACAGAGCUGUGUUUAACUUUAAACACAAUGCCAGCCUUUGAACCCAAAAAUCAAUGUUUAAACUCAGAGAAUUCGAAAAUUUCAAAGAAGUUUCGAAUCAAAUACACCGAUCCCAAUGCUACAGAUUCAUCUAGUGAGGAAGAAGAAGAGAAUCAAAUUGUGGGUAUUAAACGAAUCGUCAAAGAGAUUUCUUGGUCAACCGUCGUUUUAGAUAAUGACUUCACCAGUUCUUCUUCAAUGGCGGCGAAGGGUGUUCGAAAAAGGCCUUGGGGUAAAUUCGCUGCUGAAAUUAGAGAUCCUUUUACAAAGAAACGAUUAUGGCUUGGCACUUUUGAUACUGAAAAGGAAGCUGCCGUUGUUUAUAAUAAAAAGAAACGUGAAUUUCAAAUUAUGGCGGCGGUGGCGGAAGAUGAGUUGUAUUGUCGACGGUCGCCGUCGUCGGUGCUUGAUGUUUGUGUUGGUAAGGUUGAAGAUGAAACGGAUAUGAAACGGCACGUGGUGAAGAAAGUUGUGAAAGAAAGUAAAAUUAUCGAGCCAUGUAAAAGGACUAUUGAAGAAGAUGAAGUAUAUGUUAAUGCUGUUUGGGACGAUGUAGGAUCGGUUACGGAGUUAUCAUGGGAACCUCCGCCGCCGUUAUGGGAUGAGGAGCUUUUGGGGCCUUGUUGCCUUCAAGAUACGGUGGAUUACGAGCUGACGUUGCCGGAGAAUCUGCCGGAGAUUGAAAUAGACUUUGUGCAAGAUAUGGCUUGGGUGGAUGAAUUAUUCAACGUGGAAAGCAAGUAAAACUCAAUUUUGUUAGUGUUGUUGCGGGAAUUGUUAAUUUUGGGAGAUGAGGCCUCUGUAUUUCUUUUAUAAAAUAGAAAUAGUUUUUAUAUUUUUAUUUUAAACAA